CGACCAUUCACUUUUCUAGGUAUCUGGACUACUUCGUCGCAGUCGACAGCGUCGUACAAACAUGACAGGAACUUCCUGGUUACUGACCUAUGUUGUCGUCACUGCUGUCGCGGUGCUGGUAACUACAUCUCCUCCAGUGGUCAAGAUGGUCAGUGGCCUCGAAAAUGAAUCUAUUGACGAUUUACUGGAACAAGAACUUCUAUUGCGAGUGUCACCUCCGUUUAACACCACGCGACAUCGCCCAAAGUUGCAUACGACAAAUAACGCGCCGCCUACUGGUCGUAGUGUUCGUCCAAUGAAGAGAACGUUAAAAGAAUUCAACUUGGAGGAUGAUUUGCUAAUUCCUAUUGGCCGAGAGAGCCUCUCCAGAGAGAGACGACAAGUAGUUGUCGACCCCGACGAAGGAUCGGGGACGCCGGCAAAUAUAGUGACGGCGACUGUGACACUGGACCUGGCGUAUGACCCACUAGCCGACUACUCCGCCCUCAAGUCAGCUGCGGAGGUAGCGCUGUUGCAAAAGUACCUUCAAGCUGAUUUGGCAUUCCUUGGCGUAUCGGCAGCCAUAAUGGACAACGGAGGCAAGGUGCAGGUGACCCACACUGUCCAGUUCAUUGACCGAGAUGACCGGGUGCUGGUGGCCUAUGCGUUGAAGAAGUACGUUCUCCAGGAGGGGAUGUUGGCAGCUUUAGGACCGGCAUCUGCACCCAUCACCACAGACCCCACCGUCUUCAACGCUGCAGGAACGGAAAGGCCAGCCGUCUGUUUUGUGUGCCCAGCAACUAGGCCCUGUGCCCUAGGAGUGGACGGACUCUACAGCUGUGGAUCUUUUUCAACAGCUUCUAGCUCGGAGUUGUUCCCCUGGGGGUUCUCCGUGUGUGAUGACAAACUUCCUAAACUCCUCCCAAUCUCAUUCGAUGUCGUCUCCAGCCUCCUCCCGAUUGACACAGGAUUUCCUCUUGGUGCAACCACUCAGACAACCUUGGCUGUAGGUGACAACGGUGGCGUGAGUUUCGGCACACCCUACAACCCAAACACGUUAACGGACAUUGUGAAUGCCAUAUCACCCAUACUGUGUGCAUACUGCGCUGAUGGGGAUCUCCGGAACACAAGAAGUUCUGCCAAUGUGUUCUACCAGACUUACCCUCUUGGAAAAGCUGAGUCUAUACCCAUCUUGGAGAGGGCAACGACAGAGGUGCGGACACACACAGCCAACUCGGAUUACGUGGCAUCAUGGGCGGCAGUUGUCACCUGGGACGGCCUCCCAGACUUUGAUUCCACUGGCCAGACCAUGCCUAAUCCAGAGAGGAACACGUUCCAGGCAGUGCUGAGUACCGACGGUGUGGAGUCCUACUGGCAGAUCUUCUACGGUGACAUGCAGUGGGUAGCGAAUGAGAGACAGCUGUCGGUGCUGGGGUUUCAACCCACGACAGGAGUCAACCCCCUCAAUGCCUUCUCCCGGACUACAGGAUCACUUGCUUCACAGCCCACACAGAUGGACAUGGUUCUGGGAAACACAGGUCAGAAUGGUGUUUGGUUAUUCAAGACUGGUAUGGUUGCCGAGACAAACCCAUCAUCUCGACAGUGCCGGGAAUGGUACAUCAGAAACUACCCACUGAAGUCAACAUUUGUUCAGCGGGCUGCAGUGUUACCUCUUUGUCCCUGUACACUGGAUCACAUGUUGACAAUGGGGAUAUAUUUCCAAAUUACGAAAAGCCCUACUUUGUAUUGUGCCGAGCUUAUCAAAGAUGGUGUGAAUCAAGACAGCAAGUCAUGCUGCUACAACAUCGCAUCCAGAGGCCUGGGGUCAGAUCAGCCCUUCUCAGGCAACUACUACCGCUACGGUUCCUUCUCCAACUACCACGGCCACGUAAUGGAGGACCUUUUACCACUCCAGCAGUGCUGUAUAGACUCCCCCAGUCUGUGUCCCCUGUUCCAAGAGCUUCGGCCCACCAUCACCAGCUGUCUGCCACAGCCAGCCCAGAGGAGAAUUGGAUGUUUUGGUGACCCCCAUUUCACAACUUUCGAUGGACGGGAUUUCUCUUUUAAUGGUCUGGGAGAGUACACUCUGUUCACACUGGACUAUAAACCUCAGGGGUUUAAGUUUGUUCUCCAGUGCCGGACUGAGGUAGCUGUUCGAGCAGAUGCAUCAACAUCCAAGGCUACUGUUUUCACAGCCUUUGCAGGGAAACAGUUUGGAUUUGCUCCUACAGAUGGUGGGAGCUUCCACAUAGAGAUGAACGGUAACAAGACAAAAAUGGUAGUGUACAUCAAUGGUAUUGACAGAUCAACCCUGUUUUAUGGCGAAGCCCAUUAUGUGGAGUGGACUUCCACCCUUUAUGCAACCAGGAUCAGUACAUCAACCAUCAGAUUCACUUUUCCUGUGUCAGAGGUCAGCAUUGACAUAACACUCAGUGCCAAGUCCCUGUCUUUUUCUGUUGCGCUGGAAAAUAAAUUUCAGGGUUUGACGAGUGGCCUUCUUGGGAAUUUUGAUGGUGACAACACAAAUGAUUUUAACACAUCAUCGGGAGAUUCUCUCCCUGCAACAGCAACAGAGCGACAGCUGUUUGACAUGGGGAAGACAUGGGCUGUGGCAGACUCUGAUAGCAUCCUUCGCUACUCUCCUGGCAUGAUCAGUUCCAACUACUUCAACAACACGUUCAUCCCGCUGUUCAUGGAUGAAAUCGACCCUGUGGCACGUAUGGCAGCAGAGGGUGUCUGUGGGUCAGGGGCCAGUGACCAGUGUGUGUUUGACUAUGCCGUCACUGGAGACCAUGUGCUGGCCAUGUCAACAAAGACCAUUAAGAUGGAAUCUGAUGAAACCCAGGCAGUGAUGAGUAACAGUGCGCCAAUAGUGAACGGCACGGACACCAUCAGCGUGGAGGUGGGUCACUCAGUCAACCUGGAAUUUGAUGGGUCAGAUGCGGAAGGGGACAGCUUCAAGUAUGUUCUGCAGAACCAGCCAGUGUCGGGCUUCACCUUUGACCCCGACACUGGGCGAGGGUCAUGGACACCGACAGAUUCCACACCUGUCAAAAUCAGUUUAAAUGCGGAGGACAGUCGUGGCAUGAAGUCCCGCCUGAUCAAUGUGAAGGUCACUCUCUGUGAGGGAUGUGUACACGGCCGCUGUGACUACCUCAGCCCCCAUCCAGGAGCCCAGGGCAACACGCAACACUUCAAACUGGCCACAUGUGUGUGUGAGAUCGGCUGGACAGGAAGCACCUGUUCGGAAGACUAUGAUGGGUGUAUGAGUGGACCAUGUGGGGAGGGGCGGACCUGUACAGACGAGACUCCAAUGGUCCACGCUAACACUGGGCGGGGCUACACAUGCUCCUCUUGUCCCAUUGGCUACUACAGUGAACCAGGCGAUGUUAAAUGUCAAGAUGUGAACGAGUGCCUGGCUGGAGAUGGCUGCCCUGGCAACUCUGUCUGCUACAACACCAAGGGCUCCUUCACAUGCGCCUGUCUGAGUGGGUAUCGGAAAAACUCCCAGGGAAAGUGUGUUGACAUAGAUGAAUGUACCGAACAUCGAUACAACUGCAGCCAAACCUGUGUCAACACAGGCGGAGGGUACCGCUGUGACUGCCUCUCAGGGUUUGUGCUGAGCACUGAUGGUAAAACCUGCACACAGAUGCAAGUGCCGAGCUCUUGCUUUACAUUCGGCUGUGCCCAUCUAUGUGCUCUCAAUGAAGACAACAGCCCCCAGUGUUACUGCCAGGCUGGGUUCAAACUCGGACCUGAUGGAAAGACAUGCUCAGACAUGAACGAGUGUGGGAUGAGCCUGUGUUCCCAGACCUGUCUCAACACUGAUGGUGGCUACACCUGCUCCUGCUAUCAAGGGUUCUACCUGGAUGAUGACGGUUAUUCUUGUACAGAAUGCCCUUUCCCAUUUUGGGGUCCAUCUUGCAACAAUACGUGUGAAUGUAAAGGGCAUGCCACCAACUGCGAUCCUGUUCAUGGAUGUGUGUGUGUCGAGGGGUGGACUGGUGUCAACUGUGCAGUCAACAUCAACGAGUGUGGGCUCGACCCCAGCAUAUGCAGCAGUCAGCAGACAUGUGUUGACACCCCAGGGUCCUACCAGUGCAGGUGCCCCGCAGGAUUCAGGAAGCAGGGACUGGAGUGUAUUGAUAUCAAUGAAUGUGAAGCUAUGACCAGCCCCUGCCAGUCCAACUUCCUGUGCCUGAACACAGCAGGAUCCUUCAGCUGUCACUGUCAGGAGGGCUACACAGAGGUUGAGCAACAGUGUCUAGAUAUUGACGAGUGCACAAAUGGCCAAUCCAGCUGUGAGCAGUUGUGUGUCAACGUACCUGGGACCUACAACUGCAUGUGUCACUAUGGUUACGAACUGAGCGAUGACCGGAAAACAUGUGACAAGACUUUAGCAGCGUCAUGUGUGGUGGCAGUGGGUGUUAGCUGCAGCCAUUACUGUGUGACGGAGCAAAACCAGCCCUGGUGUGGAUGUAACCGAGGAUACAACCUGGCUGUGGACAGGAAGACAUGUCUAGACAUCAACGAGUGCACCUCCAACUCCAGUAACCAGUGCAGCCAUGAGUGUGAGAACAUCCCGGGCACCUACAGGUGUUCAUGUCCCCCAGGGAUGUUGCUGCAGAAUGAUGAGCGGAAAUGUGCAGCUUGUGACAGCCAGCACUGGGGCAGUGACUGCAGCAGCAUGUGCAACUGUCACCCCCAGGGCUCCCAGGGGUGUGACAAGAUGACGGGCUGCAUGUGUCACAGCGGCUGGACCGGGGACAAGUGUGACCUGGACAAGAAUGAGUGCUCCACCGUCACCUGCCAGGCCAACUCCGACUGCCAUAACCUUCCAGGAUCUUACCAAUGUCGGUGCCGAUCUGGCUACUCCCUCUCUGCUGACAACACCACUUGUGAUGAAAUAAAUGAGUGCUCAAGUUCAAAAGACAACAUGUGUGAUCAUACCUGCCAUGACACUGAAGGAAGCUACUACUGCAGCUGUAACCCUGGCUUUGUUCUUGAAGGGAAGGGCACCUGCAGAGAUAUUGAUGAGUGUCGCCUUGCUACAAGUGGGUGUUCACAGGACUGCUCCAACACCCUCGGGGGAUAUAUAUGUGAGUGCUUCGAGGGCUUCACUCUUGACGGAAGUGAUGGAAAAUCGUGUAUACAGACGACUGAGUGCUCCAACAGGACGAGCUGUUCACAAGGGUGUCAGGUCAGUGGUGCUGCAGAGAUUUGUUUCUGUCGUCCUGGCUAUCACCUCAACACAGAUGGCGUCACUUGUGAUGACAUCAAGGAGUGUGAGUUGUCUCCCCCUCGGUGCUCCCAAGGCUGUGUCGAGUCUGUGGGAUCCUACACAUGUACCUGUGAUGCAGGAUUUUCCCUGGCAGCUGACAAAACAACUUGUCGAGCAUGUUCAUAUGGCAAGUAUGGACCCAACUGUGCACAGACCUGCAGCUGUGAUGCCUCAAACACCAUCAGCUGUAAUGCAACUGAUGGCAGCUGUAGCUGUAGGACUGGGUGGAAAGGAACGACGUGCACGGAGGAUGUACCAGAAUGUACCGACACCCCAGCUAUUUGCGGCACCAACGGCGUUUGUAGCGAGAGGAACGGUUCCUAUUCCUGCACCUGUCUACCCGGUCAUGUCAGAACUAAUAAUUCUUGCAGUGUAUGUGAUGCCAAACACUAUGGAGAGAACUGUGCCCGCCAGUGCACCUGUGUCUUUGCCAAUACCCAGUCCUGUGACGCAGUGACCGGCAGUUGUACAUGUAGACCUCAGUGGACAGGAAGCUCUUGUGAUGAGGAUGUGGAUGAAUGUACAGACUCCGCCCCCGUGUGCACAGCAGCCAAUCAGAAGUGUCGCAACAAACUGGGAUCAUUUGAAUGUGACUGUGAUGCUGGAUAUGUCAAAGCUGCCAAUAAUGUGUGUGUUGACGAGAACGAGUGUUUGCAGCGCCACCUUCACAGCUGUGAGUAUGACUGUGUGAACCUGCCCGGGACUUACGCCUGUGUAUGCCCACGGGGGUACUCAGGGGCAGGUAACUACUGUCAAGCCGCAUUCAUCAGGUACAACACAACCAUCACCCUCAACUUGGAUCGGCGCAUCGUCAUCAACGGUAUUUCCUCAUCUCUCCUGUAUGUCAGUCUGCAAGACAGCAUCUCUACCGCUGUGGAUUCUGUUGUGGAGACUGUGGCACGAGAAGCCUUUGUGCCCAGCAAGACAGGCUCACUGAGGAGUGGGAGUGUGGUAGCUGAUGUGGAGCUGCGUGUCGAUACGAGGAACACAGACAUCCCCUGGUCCAUUCUGGCCGCCAUCUUGCAAAAGCUUGCUGCCACGCCAACUCUUCCUGUCAGUGGACAGACCGUUCCUCUGCAGGCUGUGGCUUAUAAUGGCACCAAGAUCCCUAACUCGGCUGACGCCUGUGAUGUUCUGAAGAUUGUACAGCGUCUGUCCGUGGAUGCUGAAUGUGUCAUUGGCCCUGGUGGAGUACCAGACACAAGGGAUCAGACUGAUGAAGCUGGUUCUGGUGUGAGGAUGCUUGUGGUGGUGGGUGUGACCGUCCCCACUGUUCUUGUACUGGUGGUCUGUCUCACUGUCCUCCUCUACUGCUGCUGCUGGAGACAGAGGAAGGAGACACCAGCUCCACCAGAUGACAACCAAGCCUUUAGAAGUGCCUUCACUGGUAAUCUACCAACCAAGGGAAACUUUGGUGCUUCUCGCUACAUGAUGUACUCUCCACACACACUCUCCGAGGCCGGGUCCCAGGACAGCGGGGAGAGUAGUAUCCGACACAAGUCAUGGCGUAAUGUUCCUCCAAGACAAGAUGUUCGAGAUUCAUGUUCCCGUGAGGGUAAUGCAUUCCCCUCCCACCCUCACACAGCAGGACAGGGAAAUGAGCGAUCCAACUAUUCUUGGGAGAAUAUGUUCAACACGCUGGACCCCUUCAGGAAAGGCCAGUUUGCAGUGCCAAGACCAUUAUACCAGAAACCACCGGAAAGAAGAUUGAAGCAUGGUCGCCGUCAAACCAAUUCUGCUGCCUAGACACAGCAACUGUGCCUUCUGAUGAAACUGUUUGGGUGAAUAUAUGCCCAGUGUCUGGUUCUGUUGGGAUAAAACAGUAGUAACAGCAUCGACGUGUACAUAAUCUACAUGCGCCAGAGGACUCAUUGGAUAUAUAUGAACACUUAUUCAUAUACUGCAGAUUAGCCAAAGCACAGCGUAUACAAUUCUUCAAUCUUAUACACCCCUACCAUGGAAACGGUCAUAAUCCCGUUUUCGAUUCUCUAGGAUAACAUGCACAAAGUUGUCACAGUGCAUCCCACAUUUGUCAGGCAACUAACGGGAUCGGGCCAUCAGGCUCACUGACAUGGUUGAUGCAUGUUAUCAAUCCCAAUUGCAUGGAUCGAUGCUUGUGAUGUCAAUCACUGGAUUGUCUGGUCAAGACUCAGUUAUUUACAGACCACUGUCAUACAGCUGGAGUGUGAUGUUAAACAACAAACAAAUACAAAGAGAGAAACUGUGAGCUUACAUGUACUACUGAUAUACCAUAUUCAACGUAAUAAGCGCCCUGCUCUAAUAAGCGCCAACGGCGAUAUUUGCUAAUAUAUUGGCUCGUGAACAAUCCCAAUUAGCACCCUUUCCAUUUGAUCAAUGUACACAAUACUUAUU